GGCGGCGGUGAGUGCGUUUAGCGGCCCUGGCGCUCUUCGGUAGAGCGCACUUUCAGGGAAAAAUAGUAACGAAAACAAGCCUCCAUCUUGGAAAAAAUGCACUAACGACCUUUUGAGUGAAUCUCCAGGCAGGCAGGCAGUUAAUUAAUCGACGUUUCAUCGCUGUUAGCAGGACGAGUGUUUUUUCAUGUCUACACACCGACUCUCUCUCUGGCCAUGUUUACAUGCUCUAAUGGGCUAUGUGGUCUUCAUACUGACUUCUCUGCCGGAAAUCAGCACAGGUCAGAACUGUUCUCACCCACUUAUCCCUGAGCAUGGUGGCUUCUACUGUAAGCCUUCUCCAUGUAGGGGCUUCUCUCCAGGGAGUCGUAUCAACUACUUCUGUGAGUCAAGAUAUGUCCUGCCAAGCCACGUCCGCCACUCCGUCUGCCGCAAAGGUCAAUGGAGACCCGGGAUCCCCACAUGUAUACUUAAUCCAGCUGGACAUAAAGACGAAGGUUCUGAUUCUAUCCCGCGCGUGGCUACGGGUGCUGUUGGCAUUUCCAUCUUUCUUCUCACCACCACAGCCUGCAUGGUCAUCAAGUCCCGGCUCUACCCUUGUCAGUCUCGAAGGCGAUCGUCUGAUCAGGUGGACUUGAUGGUGGACGGCUUGCCUGUGUCUCUUCCCACCUAUGAAGAGGCGGUGUAUGGAAGUUGGGGUCAGCGCAUCACGCCCUUGCGUGGCCCAACUCAGCUCCUGCUGGCCUCCUCAGAAAACAGCCCCUUAUCCUCUCUCAUCCAUUCAGGUUCCAGUAACUGCACAGACGCUUCGAAUCAGCGCACAGAGGUGCCGCCGCCUUAUGAGCAGACGCAGCCACGAUCUGUGGAAGGCGGUAACGAAGGAGAAGCGCGGGCCUCGCACAUUCCACUUUGUGUUGAAAAGGACAACUAACUGUUGAGGGUGCAAGCUCACCUUCAGCUUAUUGAUUGCUAGUUCUUUUGCCAUGCUUCGUGCCUAUCGGUGUAGUUCACCGUCAGCUUCAGUGGUUUUAAUUAAGUUUUUGGCAUUUUAUUUUGUUUGAAUGAAACCAUGUGACUGAAAGGGGGUAGAUGUUUAGCAAAUGAGUGACUGUGUGUUCUGUGCACAGUGAUAUUGAUUGUUAAUGUUUUCAGUGGUGCUGGAGACAUGUUUAUUGUUGCCCUCAGUGAGGGGAUUAGACCACAGUGGUCUCGUGGACCGUAAUAACACAGAUGUUACCUUAGUGGACUGUAACUUAUUAGGUGGUCCAUGUUGAGGAAAUGAAUGAAUGAAUGAACGAAUGUGAUUCCAGCAGACCUGGGGGAUUGGUGGUCACCUUCACACAUGCUGCAAGUACGGGUUAUUUAUAAGAAAAGAGCUUGCUUUGGUGCCAAGGUGGAAUUAAUGGAUCAUUUCUGCCCUGUGAGAAGCUUUUCCCUUGGAUCUUGUCAUGGAUUUGUUUGUUUCAUGUUUGCGUUUUCAGUUAAUCUUCAGUUGCUUCUGAAUGCUCUUAUUUAACAGGUGGAGUAGAAUUAUUUUAUAUAUAUAUAAUAUAUCGCUUUGCAUUGAGGUUCCCUUCUUGUCUUUUAUUUUUUUACUGCAUUAAUAAACCAUGAACCUCAACAUUUAGUAAAAACAAGUAAUGUUAACCAACGUAUUACUAAUUGAUGUUUAACUGUUAAAGAAAUACACCCCAAUGUCAAAUAUUUUAUUUACUCCAUAACUUAAAUACGUCAAUAUAAACCGGCAGAAAUUGUGUUACAACGUUUUCCUAAAUUCACUGAACUCUGGUCCAGGUGUAAAUAGUGCGACUUGUCCUUCAGCCCCAGUUCUGAAUUUUGUCAGCUAACGACCGCCAGUUUUAAUUAAGGUGCUGGUUCAUAUUUCUUAUUAUGGAUUUCAUUUGACUCAUUAAUGGUGAAUUAUUUGGCUUUUAUUAUGUGUGUUGAUUUGUUAAUAGGGUAUUAAUGUUGACGUUCAUGGCUUGUUCACAUUUAUCUAAUAUGUAAAAUAAUGUCAGUUAUGGGAACCUUAGUGUAUAAUACUAUAUAUAAAUGCUUAAAGUCACACCUUCCACCUGAAGCUAUGUUAUUCUGUUCUCUGAUGUUGGUUAAUUCAAGAUGGUGUGUAUGAGUAUGUUCACAUUUUCUUUCUUUAACUACAAACAGUAAUCUACUUAUGUUUAUUACAUUUAAUAUUUGUGUGGCAUUUCGAUACAACAAAUAUAUCCUGCACAUAUAUAAAUGGAUUACAAAAUUAUUAAAC